AGCACAAAGCUCACUCUCUUUCAUCAUCUCAUGUUACUGUUUUCUUAGAGCCAGGAAGGAAUUAAAACAAGCAGAAUAAAUCCAAUUUACUUGUGGGUUGUUAGUCUGUAAAAACUCUGUAAUCUCAGCUAAGAUCCUCCCUCACACGCCGCACAGGAUAAAAGCGUCAGUGCUCCCACAUGGGUCUGCAGUUGCCACCGAGUUGAUUUUAAGUAGCUGUUCACCACCAGCAAGCCAAGAGACAAACCAGCGAAGCAGCCAUGGACAACAAGAUCACGUUCUCCCUCCUGCUGCUUACUCUCACAGGCAUCUCUCAUGAGUCACUUCUGGGCGGAGAGUUGCGGUGUCAGUGUCUCCAGACAGUCCCGGGCUUGGUGUCACCGAAGCUCUUGGUUCAUGUGGAAAUCAUCCCCAAAGGCCCACAGUGCAGCACCAUGGAAGUCAUUGCGACACUGAAGAGGAGCCAGCAAAUCUGUUUGGAUCCCCAGGCCAAAUGGGUGAAGAUGAUCAUUAACAGGAUUUUACGCAGCUCAUCCGGCAGGCCGCGCAAAUAG